AUGAGUGGAAUCGCGCUUAAAUUCACGUCUCUCGUGGUUCGUACCGUCGCAAAACCCUUGGCUGGCGCGCUAAAGGCCCAAGCCAAAGAACACGAUGUUUUCAAACAGGCAUGUAUUCUGCUUGCCCAAACACUCCAUUCCGCAGAUAUCAAGAUGCGAAUGCGACUCUUGGGUGAAAACAAGAUCAAGGUACGUCCUCUCAACGACAAGAAAGCCGUGGAAAAUGGUGCCAACUUUCUCCUGGAGUUCUUUAUUUUCCUGGUGGCGGGUCUGCUUAUUUUGUAUGAGAGCUAUCGGAGUAGAGUGAAGGCCAAUAAUGAAAAGGCUACUGUGAAAAACGACAUUCUGGAAUUGCAAGAUGACAUUACGCAAAUGAAGGCGUUGUUGGAGCGGUUGACGGAUGAUUUGGAGAGGAUGAUGUCAGAGUCUCCAAUGUCGCCUACCCUCAAUGAGGACUCAAACUCUCCAACCAAUGCUACCUUGCAGAGCUCUUCCUCUUUGCUUAGUCCUGUUGCUUCCAAUGAAACUCUCUCUUCUAUCGGCAGUGGCUCUGUUCUUUCUAACUCCACGGACCCAAACACCUCGGCUUAG